CCAUGUGCUAUGUCUGCGAAAGAAACUUGUCGCAAGAUAUAGAGACACUAGGGCUAAAUAAGACCCCCCUGACUCCUGAAGACCUGUGUAAGAAAUCGGGACAUGAAGUUUGCAUGUGAGGUGGAGUGUGGGGUGGAGCUGGACCUGUUCAUGCAGCAGGGAAGAGGACAGCCCUGGUCUCUGCCCAGGACCCAGGGUAUCCACUGCUCACAGUCCAGGAAAGGAUCCUUGUCGUGCAGAGGUGCUGCCCAGGGCUGCCAGGGCAACGGUGGAGGAAGCCCAGGGAGGGGGCCAGAACAGGGACAGGUCUUCUGCCCCAGGGACUUCUGCUAGUAUCCCCUAGGUCCGUAUGACUCUGGAGACAGACUGUAGAUCUUCCUGGAAGAACACAGUCGGCUGAGAAGUCAUCCGAGCUGAAAUGACCAGUGAGCCAAGAGGGGCCGCAAGAGGUAUGUCUCAAAGAGACCUCGAAGAGGAAGUGGAUGAACUUGUCCAUUUAUAUGGACUCGAAGAUGAUGAUGAAUUAGGGGACGAGUUUGUUAACGAAAACAUGCCCAGGAUAGAGGUUUCGGAAUAUCCUGCUUACAUGGUGGCGGGGAGAGAACCAGCCGUGGAGCAGAGAGACUGGAGACUUAGUGGAGAGGCAGCAGAGGCUGAAGACCUGAGCUUCGGAGGGUGGGGCUCUGAGAGCCAGUGCCAGGACCUGCGGGAGGCCUACAGGUACACACACGGCCGGGCCAGCGAGGAGUACGAGUGCUAUGUCAUCCCAGAGGAGGAGGACGAGGAGGAAGCUCCUGACGUCUUCUGUGUCACUUGCAAAACUCCAAUAAGAGCGUCGGAGAAGGUUCUGGAUGAGCACAAAGAGCACGAGGUGACCCCCCUCAGUAAAGCCCUGGAAAGCGCCAAGGAUGAAAUUCACAAAAACAUGUACAGGCUGGAAAAGCAGAUUAUUGAGAUGGAAAACUUUGCCAGUCACCUAGAGGAGGUUUUCAUCACGGUGGAGGAGAAUUUUGGAAGACAAGAACAGAACUUUGAGUCCCACUACAACGAGAUCUUGGAAACACUUGCUCAGAAAUACGAAGAGAAAAUACAAGCCCUAGUGGAGAAAAAGAAAGAGAAGCUGGAGGCCUUGUACGGACAACUGGUCAGCUGUGGAGAAAACCUGGACACCUGUAAGGAGCUCAUGGAAACGGUAGAGGAGAUCUGCCAUGAGGAGAAGGUGGACUUCAUAAAGGAUGCUGUGGCUAUGGCUGACAGACUCAGGAAAUUCCUGGAAACAAAAACCGACGUGGAAAUCUCCGCACAGCCUGCCUUGGAGGACCAGACCUUGGACUUCUCUGACGUGGAGCAGCUGCUGGGCUCCAUCAACACCAUCCCAGCUCCUUCUGCCCCGGUGAUAAACCCGCAGGCCCCCAACUCAGCCACGGGUUCCUCGGUCCGCGUCUGCUGGAGCUUGUACUCUGAUGACACCGUGGAGAGCUACCAGCUGUCCUACCGGCCAGUGCGGGACGGCUCGCCUGGGACGGACCACCCAGAGUCUACAGUGACCGUCAAGGAGACGUACUGCUCAGUGGCAAACCUUGUGCCAAAUACUCAGUAUGAGUUUCGGGUCACAGCUCAGAACAGGGCUGGUCUCAGCCCCGCCAGCGAGUGUGCAGUGUACAUGACAGCACCUUCUCCCCCCGUUAUAAAGAGCAAAGAGGUGAGGAGCUGUGAGGAGGCUGCGCUGAUUUGCUGGGAGUCUGGGAACCUGAAUCCUGUGGACUCGUAUACGGUGGAGCUGAUCCAGGCGGAGACGCCGGGAGCCUCGGGCGUGACUGAGUGAGUCCCGAGGGGCAUUUGCUGGGGCACAAGAGGUCUCGCCCCUGACACCGCCCAGGAAAUGUGAGGAGUCUGCAGAGGAGGUCAGAAUGGGAGACCCCCAGAAUGUGCUUAGUGUUCGUGAGAAGUCGCAGGAAUGCUUUACUGAAGCUGAACGAUGAGCGAACGAUAAGUGAAUAAGUAGUUGAACCUCAGGUUUGCUUUUGAAGCCCAAAGGUUUACCAUUCAUUCAUUCAACAAGUGUACCGGCCCGGGUGGUGCCAGGGCCCUGCCCUUAAGGAGCUGGCAGUCCGGGGAGGGG